UCCAGUCUUGACUCGGCAUCAACGCGUUCAUUGUCAUUAAAAAUAUACUGUUAAUUUUAUUGUUGUUACCAUCUUCCAACAGAGUAACAAUAAACACAGUAUUUUUAUAAACACACCCUUUAUUUUAUUUUCUCCGUCACACAAAUAUCAUCAACUCCAAAAUAUUCACAUCAAAACACAACUGUCAUUACACACUUAACUUUUAAUCUUAAAUAUUAUUAUUUUUUUUCAUCAUUGAAAUUGAUUUUUUUAACACCGGAUAAAUAUUUUUUUAACAAAUAAAAAAAGAAAGUUUUAACUCCAAUUUGUGAAGUGUGCUUUGUAAACUUUUUUAAGUGUUAUAUAUUUAUUUUGAAAGUUUGCUAGAGACAGACUUGAAAAUAGAAUUUAAAAAAAAACAUAUAGGAGUGAAGUAAACACGAGAAUAAUAAAAUUAAAAAAUAUAUAUAAAAGAGGUUGAGUUGAGACAAGAACAACUGCUUGAUUUCUGGAGAAUAUUGCUGGAGAAAUUGCUUGGUUGAACACGAAUAAACACAGUAUGUAUGAUUAAAAGUUCUACACGACUCCAAAGAUGAAGUCAAUCAUUACUUUCGUACUGUUGUUGCCUUUUGUGCUGACAAUAAAUUUUCAAGAUAAUGAAUUUGAAUUUGUUGGUGAGACACCAUCACAAUUGAGCUCUGUUUUAUCAAAUGGUUAUCCUAGUCAGCAACGGACUAAUGAUGAUGUACCAAUUGAAUACUCCAAGAGAAGUCAUUUGAAAAAUUUGAUGCCAAAAAAAUUCCACAAAAAUGGACACUCGAUUUAUAAUAAUUUUGAUAAGAAAAAUAGAUAUUUAAAUUCGAAAAAAAAUCAUGGAAAUAAAUAUCAUCAAAAAGAAAAACGUUCAGUCAACCAUCAACGACAGAUGCAUAAAAAUGUUGAAGAUCAUUUAAAAAAACAUCUACAAUAUAUUAAAUCAAGCGAUGAAUCUCGUCAUUUAAGAGUUAAAAAAAAUUAUUUGAGUGAUUCAUUUCGUGAUCGUCGUGAAACUGGUUCAGGAUUUGGAUAUGAUGAUGGUGAAGAAAUAGAUCCAGAUGAUGAUGAUGCACAAAAUUAUGAUGAUGAUGAAGAAGAGACAGACAUCACUGAUCCAGGAAUUACAGUUCAACCAAUAGAUCCCAUUGACAUCGAGCCUAAAAAUAAUCCUUCUUCUUCGGACAAUAGUUAUAUAAAUAACAAUGCAUCAAAAGAACAAAAGGUUAUUGAAACAACGAUUGAAGAUAUUGAUGAGGAAGAAAUGUUUUCUCCUGUGCUAAGUCCAGAAGUUGAAAAAGCUAUGGAUAAUAUAACAUCGUCAUUGUCAACAACACCAGCAUCAAAAUUGACAACGAUUCCGCAAACAACACCAUCAACAACGACAUCAACAUCAACAACAACAACCACAACACCACCACCAACAUCCACAAUGACGAGCACGACACAGUUUGUAUCAUCAACAUCACCGAUUAUUGAAACAACAAUGAAUCAAUCAAAUACAAAUGACAUUGUUUCAUCAUCAUCUUCAUCAUCUUCAUCAACAACAACUGCACCAUCAACAACAACAACAACAAGUGAAGAAACAACAAAAGCUGAUGUUGUUAUUUUGGAAACAACAACAAUGUCAAAUAAAAUUGAUGAUAAUGAUAUUGAUAGUAAUUCAGAAAGUACAAUAUUAAAUUCAAAUGAAAAUGAUACAUUGUCAACUACUCAAUUAACAACAACAACACUGGUAAAUACUGUUUCAACCUCAAUGGAAAAACAGGAUAUCAAUGUUACUAUGGACGAGAUAACGGAAUCAACUGAAUCAUUACCUGCUCAAUCAACCACAAUACUUCCACCAAUGAUAGCUGUAUCAUCGACAAGCACAACAACAACAACACCAGAACCAACGACAGUCACAACAACAACAUCAACAACAACGACAACAACAACACCAGAACCAACGACAACAACAACAACAACAACAACAACAACAACUGUUAAUUAUGGUGUUACAAAUUAUCCACCAAGACAAAAUAAAAGAUUGCAAAAAGUAUCAGUCACAGCUGGUAAAUUAUUGAGUCAUGUUAUACCAGCAGAUACAUUUAGCGAUUUGGAAGAUGGUGAUACAAGAAAUUUACGACUGAGCUUGCUUGACCACCAGGGUAUUCCAAUAAAUUCAUCUAGCUGGUUCCAACUUAACAGUAAAACACAAGAAGUUUAUGGACUUCCUCUUGCCGAAGAUAUUUCUAAAUAUGAAAAUAGUUUUGUUGUUGUUGCAUCAGACAGUCAAGGUCUCAAUGUAUCUGACAUUCUUACAAUUCAAGUUCAACAGCAUAGAUUAAGUCGUGCAAUUAAUUAUCAAUUAAGUAUUUAUUUAAAAAUUGAUAAACCCAGUGAAUUUCCAAAAGAUGUUGAUUGGAAAAUAAAAGUUGUUGAAAAAUUAUCACGGCUAUAUGAUGAUGUUGAUACAAGCCAAAUAACAGUACUUAAAAUUGAUACUAUUGAUUCAGAUCAAUUUAUAUUUACUUGGACAAAUGAUAGUACUCCACGUAGUAGUGAUUGUCCAAAAUAUGAUAUUUCUAAAUUAUGGUCUGUGCUAGUUUCAAAAGAAAAUUCAAAUGAACCAAGUAAGGAAUUAAAAGAUAUAUUUUCACCAGAAAUGAGUGUUAAACGUGUUAUAUCACAGGGUUAUGGUCAAUGUGAUGAAUAUAAUUUACCAGAUAUAUCAAAACCUGAAUUUACUGGAGAAAAUGAAUCACCAAUGCCAAGAAAUCAAGUUGAUCAUGUUAAUGCAACUGUUGGACAGUUAUUAGUAUUUAAAGUACCUGCUGAUACAUUUUAUGAUCGUGAAGAUGGCUCAGCAAAAAAUAUGAAAAUGUCAUUAUUAACUGGUGAUCGUAUGACAAUACCUGCCAGUGAUUGGUUACAAUUUGAUAGUAAAAAUCAAGAAUUUUAUGGUAUACCAAUGAAAAAAGAUUUACGAAAUGCAAGAAAAGAAUAUCUACUUGUUGUCACUGAUAAAGGAGGUUUAACUGCAAAUGAUGGUUUAAUUGUACAAAUACAUAAUUCAAAAGAAAAAAAUUAUUCUGUUGAAUUUUCAAUGAAUUUAGAUGUGCCAUAUGAUAUAUUUUCAAAUUCAGCAUUACAAAAACGUACAUUUAUUGAAAAAUUAGCUGAAUUAUUUAAUGAUAAAGACACAAGUAUGAUUGAAUUAAAAAGUAUAAAUGAAUUAUUAACAAAUACUGUUGUAACAUGGAGAAAUAAUACACUAUCAACAGAUCCAUGUCCAAAUGAUGAAAUAAUAAGAUUAAUGUCAGUAUUAUCAAAAUCAGAUAAAACAGUAUCACCAAGUGUAUUUAGAAUAAUGGGAAGUGAAUUUCCAGUAUCACAAAUUAAUAGAACACCACUUGGUAAAUGUCUUGGUCAAAUGACAAAUAUUUAUAAUCCUGAUAAUUCUAUUACACAUGAAGACAAUAAUAAUAUUAAUAAUAAUGAUGCUAAAACAAUUGAUAAAAGUACAUAUGAUGAUUAUAUUAUGACAUUUAUAUUACCAGCAAUAAUAAUAUCAACAAUGUUAUUAUUUGCUGGUAUUAUUGCACUUGUAUUAUAUAAACGUAGAAGAAGUGGUAAAAUGAGUGUUUGUGAGCAUGAUGAUGAACGUCAAAGUUUUCGUAGUAAAGGUAUACCAGUUAUAUUUCAAGAUGAAUUAGAAGAGAAACCAGAUCCAGGUAAUAAAUCACCAGUAAUAUUAAAAGAAGAAAAACCACCAUUACCACCACCGGAAUAUCAAAAAUCUGAUGAUGGUGCUGAUGAACCAAUGCUACCAAAAGGACAUUCAGAAGAACCAUAUCAACCACCACCACCAUUUGCACGUAAUUCAGAUAAUAAUAGACAAAAUCGUCCAAAACCAACACCAACAUACAGAAAACCACCACCAUAUGUGCCACCCUAACAAAAUAAGAUUAUAUUACAAACACGUAAUUACAUGACAACAGUACUUGGAGAUAAUAAAAAUAUUAAAAUGCAUAACCAAAAGAAUCAUCGAAAAAAAAAACAACAAAUUGAUUGUCAUAAUUAUAUCAAUAAUGGUAACUCGAUUAUUCAUAAUGACAAACAAUCAUUGACAUUUAAUUAAUUAUUCGUUUUUUCUUCAAUUUUAUUAUCAUUAUUAUUAGUUUGUUUAUUUUUUAUUUAUCGAGUUACUAUUUUUUUCUUCUUCUUUUCUUUUUUUUUUACCAAGCAAUCAGUGCCAUUUUUUCCUUUAAGCAAUAACGACUGUUUUUCAUAUAAAUAUAGAUUUUUAAAAUUAUUAUGUCUCCAAUAAAAUAGUACAGAGAAAUUAAUAAAUAUUUUGAUGAUUUUUAAAAUUGUCGUUGAGGAAAAAAAUUUAUACAAAUGAAAAUAAUGC